CCGGCGCGGCACGGACCGUCCCGGCCACCGGCGGCGCGGGGUAAGGGCGCGGCCCGGCCAUGCAGCCGGAGCGGGGCGGCGGCAAACCCCGGAGGGAAGGGGGCCGGCACGGCCGGAGACGGCCCGGCGGCGCGGAGAAGGCGGCCGAGCCGGCGACCGAAAGUAGCGGCGGGGACGGCCACGGCCGGGGAGGAACCGGAGGCCGCGGGAGAGGCGGCGCUCACGGACACGGACACAGAGGAGGCGGGGGCCGGGGAAAGCGAGAAGCUCGGGGCCGCGGGGCAGCGCCGCCAACAUCCACGCACCAUCGGCGGGUAGAGGAUGAUGAUGAUACUGAGUCACGAGAGGAAGAAGAGGAAGUGAAAAACUACUCAAGAAGAAAGAUUGUUUCAAACUGGAGUCGCUAUGAGGAUGCAGAAAAAGAGGGACAGAGAGAGAGUGGAGAAUCACAGAGAGGAACAGACUUCAGUGUUUUGCUUAGCUCAGCAGGAAAUUCCUUUACACAGUUUCGAUUUGCUGAAGAGAAAGACUGGGAUACAGAGAAUGCAUACUGUAAGCAGUUUCCUGCACUUUCUGUUGACUGCCAGUCAUUGGCCCAGGCCCUGCAGGAAUUGCCUCUACAUCUGAGAUUGAAUGUAGCUGCUGAACUUGUUCAGGCAUCAACACCCAUAGAGCUCCCACAGAUGAAAUCUAAAGUUGUUGAAGACAGCAAGAGGAGAGAGCUAUUUCGACAGUCGUUGUCUCAAAGGGAAACGGUGUUGGUCUCCCAGUCUGUUGGCAAUUCUGCUGCUUCAUCGGAGCCUGGAAAUAAACGUGGUCCUGUGACAAGUGCAGCAGAACCAUUUCAGAGAGCCCAUCUACAAUCAAAGCAGGAGACUGACCAUUUGGAUGAAGAACUGGAUCGUCUCCUGAAUCUGGAUGCUCCCAUUGAUUCUGAGUCAGGUGCAUUAUCCUACAACAUAUCAACAGAGAAAGAUCUGAAAAUGGAAAGUAAGGAAAAUGACCCUCCAACUGCAGUUGUGCCAGAAGAGAAAAGCACAGCAGCACAGCAAGAGCAGAAAACAUCCAAAAUUGUUACUGAGGAAGAGCUUGAAGAUUGGCUGGACAGCAUGAUUUCCUGAAACCAGUAUUCCGUAUGUGAAUAAAUGAAUAUAGUCAAGUAGAAAGUGGGAUCCUCCUUUAGCUGUUCUUUACUUCAUUUAUCUAUCUAUCUAUUUCACUUGCCUGGUUUUAUUUGCAGGCACCUGAAAUUCUGUGCCGCCAAAAUUUGACUGGGUAUGAUUGAUUAUGUUGGGAUUUUCUUUGCUUAAAAUAUAGGCUGUGCAAACUGCUGAGCUGUUUUCCAGCUUGUACUACAUGCAGUCCUUCAAAUAAAGCAAUGAAUGCACAACAAA